AUGUGGAAAGAAUACUAUGAUAAGUUUAAGGUCGAUUUUUUCGCGCUCCAAUAUUUACCGCAGGAGUUUGCAGAAUAUGUGCCAUUAGAGGCGACUGAUUAUUCGGUUUAUUCCGACUGUUUUCGGUCGUUCUCAACGCUAGUCUUUGGCAACGAAGAAAGACAUAAUGAGUUGCGAGUGCGUUGUGUCGUGGAGAUGACCUUAUUUAAGGAGUUUUACUUGUCUGAAGAGAUUGUACAACGAGUCGUAAAGCAGAUUAGCAUAGCGGAUGGAGAAAGGUCAAUGUUGUCAGAACUAGCGAUGGACAUGGUUUUCCAAAACGAAGUUAUUGCGAGUUGUAAGCUGCGAUCACAGCCGUCUGAUUGGCACAUACUUGCACUGGGAUCAGUCAUUCAGAGAAGCAUCAUGAGUGUUUAUCCUGAAACAACUCCAGAGGUGACUAAAAUUUAUUUUUUUAGUCGUUUUAUAUUAAUUGAAUAUACAGUAUAUACAUUAUUUUCAAGAAUAUUGUUACAAAAUAUUGCUGUGUAUGCCAUUAGGCAAGUGACACCUAACAUAAAAUCCAACUGCCAUGAAUACCACCCUUGGCAAAGUGAUACAAUAUGAGAUGACCAGUUUUAUAGUUUUAGAUAAUUUGUAAUAUCAGCAGUCCUGUUUUGAAUGGGAAUUACAUUAGCAUAGACUAUUUGAAAACAAGUGGUAAGAAUCCAGAAAUCCACACAUUUAUAGCCUCAGUAUGUACACUUUAUUUACCCAUUGACUGGCAAUGUGCACAAAUGCACCGGCCUUUAUGCAUGAGUCAAUGUAAACCCUGCCCCCCCCCCCCAGGUGGAUAUUUGACUUUGUUCUAAUAUUUGCAAAUGUUCCACAUCCUGGGGAGUGGGGACUAUCAAAGGCUCCAAAUGUCAAAUAAUUAUGUAUGGAUUGCAAUGAACUACUAUAAAUUGUAUUUGAAAAAAAAGCUUUGUCAGAAGCACACAAAGCAAAGAUAAUACUCACUAGAUGAUAAAACACCACUUAAAAUGAACAGCUGAAAUUGACAACUGGCUCAUUACUAAUCCAUACCCAAUCCCCUGGGGACAAAUAAAUUCUAAAAGCUUCAAAUCCCCCACCCUCUUGCGAGUGUAUUUGCAAUUAAAUUAUAAUAUUUUCAAGAGCCAUUACGUCCAUUACAGUGGAACCCUGUGUAUGGCCAUCUCGUUAAUAUGGUCACCUCAAUAUUUUUUGUCCUAUAUUCAGAUUCGUCAUUUGUAUCAUGGUAUUCGUAAGCCAAGAGUAUGCAAGGAUAAUGCACCACCCAAGUUUUUUUUCUGGGCAAAAUGUGGUAAAGUUACCUUUCAGGAUUUGGUAAAGUUCAAGUCCAGUCACUUUAUCCCAUUGGUACAAAAGCAUUUACUUUCAACUGAAUUUCCAGGUAUAUUAUUAUUAAAAUUUGGUAUAGGUACUGUAUAUAGGCACCUUCUGAUACAUUUUAUAUACAUUUAUUAGAUCUAACCAGGAACAGCUGUUUUUUUUUUUUAUAUAUAUAUAUAUAUAUAUAUAUAUAUAUAUAUAUAUAUAUAUAUAUAUAUAUAUAUAUAUAUAUAUAUAUAUAUAUAUCACUCCAAUCAUCAGCAUCUCACUCCAAUGAAUAGUUGAUGGGGUUGGUACAGUAUAUAGAAAUGAUUGAGUGGAAAAUUUUAUAAUACAUUUAGCCAUACCUGGCAGUACCCUAUAUAUACAUACAUGAACUUGUGGUUAGAGCUCAGCAACUGGCCACUGUAUCUCGGGCCAGUUGCUUGUCAAUAUAAAAUUUUCCACUCGGCAUUUCCAUCUACAAAGCCUGUCAUUUAUUCAUUUGACUGAGAUGCCAACAAAAUAUUUAAUAUUUACCCAUACAUCUGAUACAUACUUACCCUGGAUUCCAGAGCCUUCGACAGUAAAUAAUAAAUUGAAAUGUUGCGAAGGCUCUGGUUCAACGGGGCGAUUCUUUGAUUAAACCGCGCCAAUCACAAAACAGAAUUAGUGGUUUUAGUACAGAAACCGCGCCAAUCACAAAACAGAAUUAGUGGUUUUAGUACAGAAUCUGUACUAAAACCACUAAUUCUGUUUUGUGAUUGGCGCGGUUUAAUCAAAGAAUCGCCCCGUUGAACCAGAGCCUUUGCGACAUUUCAAUUUAUUAUUUACUGUCAAAGGCUCUGGAAUCCAGAGUAAUACAUACUGGGAUUCAAUGAGAUCAGAUAAAGACAGACAUUAUUUUUGCUAUGUUUGUGAUGUUACUCUGAGUGUAUAUCUACACCGGGCAAGCUUGAAAAAUAUGCCUGAACCUACGACCUUUGGAAUACUGCCCAAUAAUGCUCUGCCAACUGAGCUAUAUAUUUUUACUAUUACUUAUUAAGUACUAUUAUAAUUCUAAUACAGCUUCAAUAAUCAUUGCAAAAUUGUUUUCUUUAUAAUACAGCUGAUGUUUCUACAUAUCCCUGUCCUCAUCCAGACUGUUAUUCCAGUCAGACAUGGUAUAGAAAUGUGAAUGCACAUCACACUAUUAAACAUUCAACUCCAUGUAAUCUUGAUGAUGCAACUGCAUUAAGAAAGAAAAUCAUGGGUCAGGCAAUGAUAAAGAAAAUCAUUCUUAGUUCAACUAAUCUAGUAAGUAAGAGCCUCUACUUUAUACCAUAUGCCCUUUCAUAUUAGACGGCCGGCCAGUCAUCCAUUUGUACAACUGGAUGGCAACUUUAUGUUAGAAGCUGGUAACAGGCAUUUUCUUAUAGUUCAAGCCUUGGUGAACAAGACUAUAUGUGUUACCACUUCUGAUUUUUGCUUUAUAGCCAAAAAUUUGAGAAUUUUUAAAUUUUGCCUAUUAAAUUACUAUGAUCGGAAAAAAUGUAAAAUUUCAUGUUCUCUUAUACGAAAAAUAAACUAUACCACUAGAAAGAGCGUAAAAAACUAUAUAUAAGACAAUUAAGUGAGUUCUACGUUUUUCCAAUCCUAUUUCGAGUUUUUAAUGCUAAAAAAUGCAGAAAUGACCAAAUUAAUGCUAAUUAGUACCCAUUUUGCCAACUUUAACCAUCUUUAAUUCAAAAUCGGCUUGAAAAUCGCACUAGUCGCUUAAUUAUCUUAUAUAUAGUUUUUUGCGAUCUUUCUAGUGGUAUAGUUUAUUUUUUGUAUAAGAGAACAUGAAAUUUUACAUUUUUUGCCAUCAUAGUAAUUUAAUAGGCAAAAUUUUAAAAUUCUCAAUUUUUUGGCUAUAAAGCAAAAAUCAGAAGUGGUAACACACACAGUCUUAUUCACCAAGGCUUGAACUAUAAGAAAAUGCCUGUUACCAGCUUCUAACAUAAAGUUGCCAUCAAACUCUCUUUAGAGGCACUUUUUGCCACCUUGGCCGGCCAACUAUAUACAGUAUUCCUCCUUUAACUGUGUACACUGGCACUGCAGAAUAUAGACAUGUGGAAAUUUUGCAAUGUUCAGUUAGGCGAGACUUUUUUUAUUUAUUGGUUUACGGAUUUGAACAGGUCUGUAUGUCGGAAAAAAAUUUUUAAAAAACAUUUUUCAAGAAUCAAGAUUGUCACAACGAUAAUAUGAGCCAGCUGUACUUAGAGUCAUGACUCUAAGUACAGCUGGCUCAUAUUAUCGUUGUGACAAUCUUCAUUCUUAAAGGCCAUUGGCAACCAAAAUUUUUAUAGCUUCAUCUGAAAGAGCAUGAAAAAAUAAGCCGGUUGGCCGUUUAAUGCUCUAUUCUAUCUCAUCUAGUUCCGAAGUUAUACGCAAAAUGUGCAAAAUAUAAAUUGCUGAUUCAGCACAACGUGUGACGUCAUUAGUUGGGUAGUAAACUAAAGCAUUAUUGAAUAGUAAACUAAAGCAUAGCUAAGUUAUUAUUGGCUCAAAUCAAAUGAAAUUUUGCAUACAGAUAGUACAUGAUGAGACGCAUGGGAAAAUACUUCUAAUUUUGUUGUCAAGGCAACACAGUCGUUCCCAGGCCCCUUACACUGAUUUUGAAUAACUAGUUGCAUUUAUCUAUGUGUAUGUCAUUUUCGAAUUAUUAUCAUGCAAGUAAACUUUUGGCAUGCAUAGGUAUGGUACACAUACUUCUGAUAUUAUUUUAACCUUAUCAGAAACAUGAAUAAAGCUGUUUUAUAAAAUUGGCGCAAGGGGCCUGGGAACGACAUUGUUACCUUGGCAACAAAAUUAGAAGCGUUUUUCAAUGCGUCUCAUCAUGUACAAUCAGUAUGCAAAAUUUCAUUUGAUUGGGGCUCAUAAUAACUGAGCUAUGCUUCAGUUUACUAUUCAAUAAACAUACUUACCCAACUAAUGACGUCACACGUUGUGCUGAAUCAGCAAUUUAUAUUUUGCACAUUUUUGCAUAUAACUUCAGAACUAGAUGAGGUGGAAUGGAGCAUUAAACGGCCAACCGGCUUAUUUUUUCAUGCUCUUUCAGAUGAAGCAAUAAAAAUGUUGGUAAAAAUCGUAAAAUUGUUGACAUCCAAUUUUUUUAUUUUAUUUUUCACUUUCUGUAUAUUUAUGGUCGGCGGAUCCGUAAACCAAUUAGUAAAAAAGUCUUGCCUUAAUAUUUUAUAAACUCUAAUGUAAGCAAUCGAAAUCAUGCAAUAAAAAUUUUGAAUAAAUUAUUUUGUGUUGAAUUAUUGUGCUAGAUAGUUUUUUCUUUUAUUACACAGAUUGGGGGAGAAAUAUUCUCUGUUGAUUGUUUUGGCACCAACAAGUUUGUGAUGAAAGGAUUAUCUUCUAAAGAAGUUGCCUCGAAAACAGCACAUGUUUUAUUUGUUAUGGAUUUGCUACCGUCAUUUGGAAAAUCUACCUAUCCUACGAUUAUCAUACGUUCUUUGGAUACAAGAAAAACAACUAUUUACAAUGCAUGGAAAGCAACUAUGAGCACCAAAACAUUACCCCAAAUUGAAUGUGUACAGUCCUUUUUCGAUGGUGAUUUCCAAGUCCAACAACCACCCCAACCUCCACCAACUUCCCAUGUAGCAAACCUAACAUUGGAUGACUGCAUCUGUACUGAUGAUGAUACUGGCAAUGUAACACAUGUAACUAAUCAGCAGACAAAUAUUGAGAACUUGCUUCAUGCUCUCAAAAGAAUUUGGGGGUACGAGUCUUUCAAACCUGAGCAAUACGAAGCUAUACAGGCGAUAUUACAAUGUCAGGAUGUGUUUGUCCAAAUGCCAACGGGUGCAGGAAAGUCCCUUAUAUUCCAAAUUAUUGCUGCAGUCUCGUCAGGACUUGUUGUUUGUGUAUCACCUCUUAUUUCACUCAUAAAGGAUCAAACACAAGCUUGUAAUGAAAAGAACAUUGGUGCCUGCUUUUUGUAUGGGACAAUGGACUCUUCCCAAAAGGAAUCAAUUUAUUACUCUCUUCGACAACCAGUUUGUCCGUUUAAAAUUCUGUAUGUGACACCAGAAUUUAUAACACAGGAUAAUACUGUACUUAACAUACUUAACAGUCUGUACUCGAAAGAAAAACUUAGAAUGUUUGCAAUUGAUGAAGCUCAUUGCGUCAGUCAAUGGGGACAUGAUUUUAGAGGUGCGUAUUUAAAUCUCGAUGUUCUACGCAAGAAUUUCAAAAAUGUACCAAUACUUCUUCUUACCGCAUCAGCAACUAAGCAGACAAGAGAUGACUGUAUGUCUGUACUCGGUCUCAAUAACCCAAAAAUAAUCCUAUCCACUGUAUGUAGACCCAACCUCGUCUAUGAAGUGCAUCAAAAAUCCUCAAAGUCUGUUGAACAUAUUGCUGACAUUGUUAAGCCUUUGGAUUGCUCAUUAGUUUUUUGUUCCACAAUACGAGAAUGCGAAGAUAUUUGUCCAAAACUUGAGGGAAGAGGGGUAAAGUGUAAAAUGUAUCAUGGACAACUGGAGGACAAUUUGCGCAGUCAAAGACAGGAAAUGUGGAGUAAUGGCUCAUUGCAAUGCCUAGUUUGCACUUCCUCUUUUGGUCUUGGAGUGAACAAGCCAAAUGUGAAGGCAGUGAUACAUUAUUCACUUCCUGGCACAUUAGAGGCAUACGUCCAAGAAGCUGGAAGAGGUGGUAGAGAUGGAUCGAUUGCUCGCUGUAUACUAUUUUUCACACCGCAAAACCAAAUUUUCCAUUUAAAGAACAUAUUUUCCACAAGAAAAACUGACAGCAAAGUUGCAGAUAAAAAAUUGUCAUCUUUUCUUCAAAUGCUCUAUUGGUGUUUUCAAAAUGUCGAGUGUAGAAAAGUGUUGAUUCUGAAGCACUUUGGAGAACCAACUCCAAGUAAUUGCGGUACGUGUGACAUUUGCAGAAGUACUGAACCAGUAACAGAACACGACAUUACAGAAUUUUCAAAGAAGGCAAUUUUAUGUAUACAAAGAGUCGCGAGUACCCCUGACAAGAAAAACUUUACACUUAAUUAUAUUUCAAAGAUUCUUACUGGGAAGAAGGUCAAACAUGAUCAUGACAAAUAUCCUGAAUAUCGUUGCAUUACUGGGUCUACUGAAUUUGGAGAAUACCUUCUACGACUAUUGGUAUGCAAAGAAGUUCUUGUGGAGCAACCUCCUCCUGAAGCAGCAAGAAAUCAAAACACUGUAUAUCUUACUGUUGGUGCGAAGUACUUACAGGUACUAAGUGGCCAAUUGGCUAUAAAAUGUAUAAUAAAGAGCAAAAAUUGUUAA